UGCAUGACGGUGGAUUCUACAAACGCAUAUUGGCUGACGGGAAAUCUUUCGAUUUUUCACCGGCCAAUUGGUUAUAUUUGUCCAAUGGUGCUUUGUUCUCCGAUCUUCCUUUCGUGCGAAUGCGAGACGAACGGCAACAAACCGAGCUAGAAGUUGAAUGGGAACUGUUUGUCGCCUCGCGUCAUUUCGAUCCGAUUCGCUUGUUGAGUCUGAUCUGUUCGUGGGAAGCACGUUUGAGCAUGGCACUAUUGACCCAAGAUACAUUCACAUCUCCCACCGAUCCGGAUGAUCUGGACUCCGCAGUCCGUGUGAUGGCCUCGCUGUUCCGUGUGUGUUCACGAAUUCCUGGACUGGAAAUGUUUCACACAAACGUGAUCACUUCACUCCAGACAGCAAUCUGGCUCCGUUUUAAACAGUUGGUUGAUUGGCAUGCAAAUGAAGACGAUGCUCUCUCCUCAGGUGCUCUGACAGGCACGGAGAACCCGGUGGAGUUUCUCGACCAAUAUAGACCACGUACACGAGCAUUCUGGUCCCAUCUCAUAUCUGGAGGCCGAUUGUCCUGUGGAUGUGAUUUGCCUCAACCCCCUUCGCUGGAUCCGGCUGCUCCACUCGGCUGUUGUACCGCGUCCUCAUCCACCGUAGACACGGCGCAGGAACACGUCAACUCAGCGUUGGCCGCUCGGAAAAAAGCGGCAUACGACCGGUGGCACGAGGAAUUGCAUCGAGGCAGCCCAACGUGGUAUUUGCUUCGCAGCGGGUGCCACACUUUGUCUUGGCAUGAAUUUGCUUGCGAUCUCAUACAGCUGGGUGUAACCGAUGUCCCGGUCGGGAUUCAGUUAGCGCUUGCCAAUUUGGAUGAUAUGGCUGCUCAUCAGAUGAGCCCGCUUCGUGGCGGGGACCUCAUGUGGCUUUACAUCGUCCUCCUCAGCCUGUCCGAUCGUAUCGUCCGCGAGUUUUCAGAAAAUCCCAAACAUCGUGUUCGACAUGCCAUACUACUGGAGUAUUUGAUUCGUGUGCUCGAAUCUACUCAGGACGAUGAGAUUUUUAAAUGCAAGAAGCGCUUGCAAAGUCACCUGGAGAACAUGAAAGCCAGUCAAUGGAGCUAUCCGGAAUAUGUGGGUCACAGCAGUUCCGGUCGAGCGUUCCAUCUUUCUCAGAUCGUUCGGCAGAUCCAGAAGUACGGUAAGUCACUGAAUCGUUUUGUACUUUACCAUUUGAUCCAUAGAAACUCGGGACGAUUGUGCCAGUGGUUUUGUGUAUCACGCCUUAGCGGCUUAUUCUUUUUUGUCAGAAUGUGCGCGUGUAACCUGGAAUCGAGAGCAUAUUCGCGGUACAGAUUUACAGUUUGA